ACACGAGAUAUCCUAACUAGUUUGAACAGAGAACUAAAAGUCCUUUAGUGGCUGCUAUUGCCAUUAUACAUACAUACCAAUAUACUUAUAUACGCACCUGAAAGUUUUUCAUCAAUCAUCCUCAGAUAAAAAAUGGCAUGCCUAAUGAAUCAUGAUUGCUUAGGAUUCGGUGUCGUCCAGGUUAUGUUCUUCAUCUGCAUGAGCAUGAGAGUGUUCUUGCUGCUACCAUUGGUCUCCCAGGCUGCAGAUCCUGACCAAGUGCAGGACUUCUGCGUUGCAGUUCUGGAUACCUCCACUCUUGGCAACCCCAUCAUCAAUAGUGGUGCCUUUCCUUGCAAACCAACUUCAGAGGUGAACUCUGAAGACUUUUUCUUCGAUGGGUUCAGAACCAACAGAAAAAAAGGGGAAAACAAUACCACAAGUAAUGAAGUAUUGUUUGGAUCAAGAUUGACCCAAGGCAACGUUCUGACAUUUCCGGGACUCAACACGCUAGGGAUUGCAAUGAACCAGGUUCAGAUAUCCCCUGGAGGGCUGAAUCCACCGCACUUGCACCCACGCGCCAGCGAGUGCGGUGUAGUCAUCACGGGGAAAGUGCUUGUGGGGUUCGUGACUUCAGCAGGGAAUGUGUAUUACUCCAAAAAUUUGACCAAAGGUCAGAUGUUUGUGAUUCCUAGAGGUCUGGUGCAUUUCCAGAUGAAUGUUGGAAGGAAGAAUGCUUUGAUAUAUACUGCAUUCAACAGCCAGCUGCCUGGCGCGGUUGUGCUUCCCCUAACCCUCUUUGCUUCUAACCCUCUCAUUCCUGAAGAGGUCUUGACUAAGGCCUUCCAAGUAGAUCCCCACAUCCUCCAUGGGAUCCGUGCUAAGUUUGGUGCUUGAUCAAUUACCCUUCACACAUCUAUUAUCAAGACAAUUUCUCUUAUAAGAUCAACUAAAUUUCAUUUAAAUGCCAUUGUUCAUGGGUGUACUAGUAAAUUUACCAACAUGUGGGAGUUAUUCCAUGUCAUGAAUAAAAAAAUAAUUUAACAUGUGUUGGACAGUCUUUGUAAUUUGAGAGUUUUGAUCAAGUUAAA